AUGCAACGACGUGCUGGUAGACGUAAUUAUCCAAGAAGAGGAUAUAAAAAACGUUCAACUUUGAAACGACAAGCAUUUGGUAAUUUUGCCAGUGCUAUGCAACAACGAGAUAGUACUAAUGUUGUUAUUAGUAUGCAAGAAGAUGUUUCUAUUAAUGUUCCAGUUGGUGCAAAUGAAGGUACAAUGUUAAGGAAUGUUACUGCAUUGAUGACUUCUACACAAUAUUUUCAUAAUUAUAUGGGAAUGUAUGAUCAAUUUAAGUUAAAUGCUGUUAGAGCAUCUAUGGAAAUGACAUUUAUUGGAAAUCAAUUAUUAAAUAGUGCAACAUUUCCAUCUAUAUGUACAGCAUGGGAUCGUAAUGGUGUUAGAAUCAAUACUGCUGUUAUUAAUAAUACAAGAUAUUUCCAAUUACCUACUUAUUCUUCUGUUUCUUCUUAUUCUAGUGCAAAUGAAAAGACGUUAUAUUAUGGUAGUAGAUGGGGAGUUGUAAGACAAUUAGAUGCAGCAUCUAUGAUGGAAAAGUCUAUGUAUUUACCAACAACUAAUACUAGAGAUGUACUCAGUAUGGAUAAUAUGUAUAGUGCAUGGAAUCCUCAAUUAUUAAUUUCUAUAAAAACUCCUCAAUCUGUUAAUGCUGUUAAUUCUUGUACUCUUACUAUUCAUUGGCAAUUUGAUGUUACAUUGAGAGGUCUUAGGAAAGUACUUGUUUCUGAAGACAAUUCUUUUAAACCUUAUAUUGGUUUUAUUGGUUAUGCUCGUAAUAACAAUGGACUUGUUGUACCUAAUAAUGUUCCUAAUGCACAACCUCCGUACAUUUUAGUUGGAGCAAUUGAUAACGGUUCCGCUCCAUCAAUUAAUCCUGAAACUGUUUAUGAUGCUGCUAAUAAUGCAUAUUCCAAUGGUGGUUUAGUAUUACCAAAUGAUGGUUUACCAGAACAUAAUGUUAAUCUCUAA